UGGCUUUUAUUUUAUGUUCAGGAACAUUUCAAAGUUUAUUGUGCGUUGACCCUGAGUAAAUAGACUUGAUGUGUUUUUUUUAAAGGACCUGCUAGAUUUUCCCUGUCGAUCAUGAAAAACGUUAGAAAAAACAGUGAAAUAGGUUAAUUAUAGGUUCGCUAAAAGUUUAUAAAAAUAGCUGAAAACAUUUCAGUAAAUUUUAUUUCCAAGAUUACUUCCAAACAAUGUCAGACUGUUCUAAAAUGGGCCUCGCUGGCUCUAAAAAUGUUGAUACUGUAGAUCCUGUUGAAAAUGUGUCUGUAAACGAAACUGACAGUACAAUCGAGUCUCAAAAUAAUUUGGUUCAUUCAGAGGAACUAAGUAAUACUAUUGCCGAUAAAAAUUGGGCUAGUGAAGAGUUACAAGCAUUGGAUAUUAAUAAUGAAACAGCAUCUCAGUGUGUAGCUACUAGUGAUUCCACGUUUGAAAGUGAAAUUGACGCUCUUACUAAAAUAAUAAUAGACGAAAAAGAAGAUGCAAAUAAAGGUAUAGCAGAUUUUAAUGAAGUCGAAAAGUGUGAUAAUAGAGUGGAAUUAGAAGACAAUUAUGAUGAUGUUGGCAUCGACACAAUUUUGGAAAAACAUUCGGACAAUGAAGAAUCUGUUUCGAUUGAAAAGAAGGAAGAAAAGAAAUCUGAAAAUCAGAUUAUUCAGGAAAAAUUAACUGAUAUUCAGGAUGAGUGUUUAGAGACCAUGAAUAUUGAAAGUAGCACACAAAGUUCUGAUGAUGUGGAGAAAGAAAAUAUGGAGGAUGUAAAGAAUGAUUCUUCAAAUACUUUUAUUAAUGAAUCCGAGGAAUCUGAAUCCAAGACAAAUUCAAAUGUAUCUACUGUCAUUAACUUAAAUAAUAGUUUACAAAUGAUUGGUGAAGCAUACAUUUCAGAGGAUUCUCAAGAGUCAGAUGACGAAACUCUUCCCCAAAGCGAAACGAAUAAAAAAAUAGAUAAUAAAAUGGAAAUCGUGCAGAAAGAUAUUACUAAUGAAGAGGAGAAAGAUAUUACGGAUAGUAUUGAUGAAAAUAUCGAUUUAACGAAAAUAAUCACGAAUGAUGUUAAAGAAGUUGAUGAGUGUACGGUAAGGGAUGACUUAAAAGACUGUGCAGAUCUCGAAACUCAAAACUUAUCUGUAGAAAGCAAUUCUGUAAAUCAAAUUGUUCAUAAUGAAAAUAUUUUGUCAAGUACAACUAUUCCUGAUACUCAGUCUAUUGAAUUGAAUGAACCUUUAUCAAAUGAAUUAAAUUUGCCAGAUAAUCAUCAGAGCGAAGUACUUUCUUCUAUUUCCGCAGAAGAUGUUUCUUUAGAAGAAAAAGAUUCGAAUAAAAUGUCAGAACUGUGUCCUGCAGAAGACAAUGCGACAACAAAAUUUGUUGAGGAAGGGAAUUCACAAGAUACUCCAAAAACUAAUGAUGAAAUAUCUACUAAAGAUGGGGCAGAAGAAGUUCCGGUCGCGAAUAAAGAGGUACUUAAUUCAGAAAUGCCUGAUAAUAACGAUGAAUCAACGUUUGAUGACAAAUUACAACAGUCUUCAAGUAAUUUAGAAAAAUUAACUAAUGUUGGUAAUAUGGAAACUACAGAUAGUGAAAACUUAAAUACAAAACAAGAGAUUAAUGAAAAGAGUGACCAGGAAGUAGAAACAGAUAUUUCCAGUAUCGUAGAUGAAGAAAAAUUAAAUGAUUUAGAUAAUCAAAAUCCUAUUUUGAAUAGUGAAAGUAAGGAAACAUUGGAAAUGGAAGAAAUGAAUGAAGAAAAAAGUGAAACAUCAGUUGAGAAUAUUGAAAACACGGAUGAUGUAUUUACGGUAAAAAUAGAAAAUCAACAACAACAAAUGGAAAAAAAUGAAGAGACGAAUAUUUUAAAAACAGAGAAUUGUACAGAAAAUAUAAUUAGCAAUAAUCAAAAUGAAGAUAAUCAAGAAUUAACGACUUUCGAAUCUAUGAAUACAUCGCAAUUGAAAAAAGUUAAUGUUUCAGAAAAUUGUGAUAUGUAUGCAUUAUGUGAAAACCCAAUAGAAGUGAGUGAAAAAAUAUCUCUUAAAUUAGAAGAUGGAGAAGAAGAAGGAGAAGAACUUUCAAGUUCAAAUUUGUCAAAAUCUGAUGAAAAAAUAAACGAAAAUAAAACUAGUAACACAAAAAGUCCUGAUAUGAAAAUUCAAUUAGAAUAUCAAUCCACCGAAAUAGAGACAGAAAUUUAUGAAGAUAUUCAAAAUGAUUUCAAGUCAGAAGAUAAUGUUUUUUCUGAAAACAAAUCUAAAAUAAUUGACAAUGAUCCUGACUCUAAUUUUUCAAACACUGACGUUUCUGAAUUAGAAUCGGCAGUUAAGUUUUUGCAAGAAUCUGAAGAACAGAUUAUAGAUUUACCUCUAGAACUUGCACCAAAAAAUCAAGAAAAUGUUGUUACAAAUUUAUCAGAACAAGAGGAUUUUUUUAUUUCCGAAAAAGAUAAUGAUGAAAGUUCUUUGGUAAUAGUUUCAACCAUUGAUUCCAUUGAACAAAAUUCUAUUGCAAUUUCAGAAGCUGAAAUUAUUUCCGAAGCUGCGAAAUUAGAAAGUGAACGUAAAGCAACAGAAAGUGCAAUAUCAGAAGCUGUUAUAAUUUUUGAAGCUGAAAAAUUGGAAAGUGAGCGUAAAGCCGUGACUGAGGAAAAUUUAAAAGAAGUAAUUUCAUCUGAAUCUUCUUCUUUAAAAAGGAAUAAAAUAAAUAAAGAAACAGUAUCAAGACCUUCGGAAGUACCAUUUUCUUUGAAACAUUCAGUUAUUGAAGAGAGAUUGAAAGAACCACCGAAAAUUGUAAUUCCCAAUCAGGAUAUAGUAAAAUUCGACUCAUUUUCUGCCUCAAAAUCUAGUUUGUUAAUACAAAAAGAUGCAAAAAUUUAUCAAAAAAUUGAAUGUUCUAUAAAAGCAUCUGAGAAAAUGGACGUUCCAAAGAAAGAAGAAAAAACUGAUUCGGAGAAUGUUGGUUCACCUAGAAUUAUUUUGAAAAUUGCAAAAUCUGCAAUAACAGAUUGCGGAGAACCAAAAUCGCCAAAAAGUCCCAAGGUACAUUCUGCUGCAAACUCUCCAAAUCCAGAUGAUAGUCCAGGUCAAAAACUAGGUAAAAUAAAAUUAAAGUUAUCUAAAAGUGGACAUCUCUCUAUUGUAUCUAAUGAAAAUUUAGAGGAAGUUUCUACACCAACUUUGUCUCCCAUUGGAAUGAAAAUUAAAUUAUCCAAAUCAGGCGAAGCUUCAGUUGUACAGUCAGAAAAAAUUGAAGACGAUGAACAAGUUGAACAUAAACCAGAGGAAGGUCCAAUUGGUAUGAAAAUCAAAUUAACAAAGUCUGGUGAUGCAUCAAUAGUUUCACAAGAUUUAAAAGAAAUUUCCUUACCCAAAAGUAAAGAAAAAUUGGAAUUUAUUCCCGAUGUAAAGAAAAAUGAAUCUUCAUUAGGCAUGAAACUUAAAUUAUCGAAAACAGGAGACGUUUCAAUAAUACCAUCUGAAAAACAGUAUACAGUCGAUGAAGUAAUUUUAAAAAGCAAAGAAAAGCAAGAGCCCCAACAGGAAUCAACAAAACGAACUGAAUCACCACUUGGAAUGAAAAUUAAGUUAUUGAAAAGUGGUGAUGCUUCUAUUGUUUCAUCUGAUUUUUCCGAAGAAGUAAAAACAAUUCCCACCGUAAGUGAUAUUGCCGAAAUUGAUAAAUUCAGAAGUGAAUCACCAGUUGGUAUGAAAAUAAAAUUAUCAAGAACUAAAUCGUCAGUUGUUGACAGUACAGAAGAAAAAUUAGACAUUCCCGAUAAUUCAAAAUCUGCACUAGGUAUGAAAAUUAAAUUAUCUAAAUCUGGAGAUGCAUCCAUUAUACAUCAAGAAGAUUCCGAAGAAUUAUCAAAGCAAAAAGAAGUCCCAGAUACUACAAAACAUACCGAUUCUAUUGGCAUGACUUUUAAAGUAUCAAAAACUGGCGAGGCAACAAUAUUACAUUGUAAAUCUGCCGAAUUAUCAAAUGCACAACCGGAAAAGUUUGAUUAUUCAGAAGACUCUCAUUUAGAAACAUUCAAAAAAGUCGAAUCAUCAAGUGAAAUGAAACUAAAAUUAAUAAAAACUGUCGAUACUUCUUGUGACAAUAGCCCUGAGAUUAAAUCAGAGGAACAAGAAACAAAGUCUUCUCAAACUGUCAAAACAAAGCAUGUGAGAUUAAAAGAUUUAACAACCGUGGACAUGGAACGAAAAGAAAAACAAAAAACAAAAGAUACAACUAAAAGAACUGAUGAACAUUCUUUAGAAAUAAAAAUUAAAUUAUCGAAAACUGGUCAUCCUACAAUAGUAACGUCCGAAUGUAAUUUAGAUACUUCAUCUUCCAAUAAAAAUAAAGAACAACCAAAUUUAUCUUACAAGUUUACAGAAGCUAAAGAAGAAUUAUAUUCCAAAAAUUCUGAGUCUUUCACAAUGCAGAAUGAAUCCGAAGUAAUUAUCGAAUCGCAAAUUCAGAAAAGUGAAACUUCAAAAGAGAUAUCUCACAAGCGUAAAGGCAUCAGUUUUUCUCCAUCCGAACCAAAGAAACUGAAAUUUGAGACGAAAUUAUCUGAUAUAUUGCCUGAAGUCACAAUUCAACCUGUGGUCUCACAUCAACAGAAACGAAUUAUCCUCGAGUCGAAUAGCAAUGUCACGCAAGAAAUGAUAAAUAUUAUUAAUCAAGAAGUCAGUAUUACGGAAAUUAAAUCAAAAGGAAGCAAUGAACCAUCGCUAACAAGUAAUGCCACUGAGGAUAAAAUGAUCAAUAAAAUGUUUUCUUCAUCGCCUACUAGUUCAGAUUGUGAAAUUAUUGAACAUAGACCGGAAUUGGUUAUUGUUAAUGAAAACUCAAAUUCGAGUCAAGAUGUUGUUAUUAUAGAAGAAGUUCCUUCGGUUCGAUUAUCAGAAGUAAAAAUACCAAAGAAAAGAGGUCGGCCACGAAGAAAUGACACAAGUUCAAGAUUUGUGGAACCAAUUCAAAUAAUUUUACCUCGAGACCCACUUGCACUGGAUGAUGCUACAUCGCUUUCUCACAAACCAAAAGAAAAUGAACGACCCAGAAGAACUUGUAGAAGUCAAAAAAGUUAUGCACCACCUAAGAGAGGGAGAGGAGGACGAGGUCGAGGAAAAAGAAAGCUUGAUAAUACUGAAAUGCCACUACACAAGAAGUCUAAAAUUGAUCAAGACUUAACUGCUUUAGAAAAAUCUACUAUGAGUAUCAUUGCAAUAGAUAAAUUUCCAAAAAAAAUUGAAAAAGUUAAAGAAAAGGUAUGUGAGAUACCUGUACCUACCUCCUUGAAACUAAUGAAAGAUGUUCCUGAAAAUUUGCCAGAUGAUUUAGAGAAAAUAUCUCACAAUAUUUCUGAGAAAAUAUCUAUUUUGAAUUCCAGUAAAGAGGAAUUAAUUGCUUCGAAUGAUAACGAGAAAAAUAAUGUAAUGAUAAAUGAUCAUCAGAAUUGGUUAACACCAACUUCAAAAAAAGUUACUGAACCUUCAACACGCAAUGAAUCUAUUUCUACAGUUCAAGUUAUUGACGAAGAAACAAGAAUGAGUGCAGAAUCUGGAUCACGAUCUCAAACACCAGCCAGAAAUAUAGUAACAGUCUCGGAGACAGUUAUUAAUGAAGAAUCUCAAGGUAGUGUACUUAGUACAGCAACUACAGAGUCUGAAAGAGUAAAAGUUAAAAAUCGCCGAAUGGAAAUUAAUUUCGAUCCUGAUGAAGGUUCUUUCACAGUUGACAAAAUUGCUGAGUAUGAAUGGCCCGUUGACAGAAAGGGCGAAACUUUCAUGGUUCAAGAACAAAUUUCCCAAUAUUUGGGAGUAAAAUCGUUCAAAAGAAAAUAUCCAGAUUUAAAGCGCAGAAUAGUCGAUAUGGAGGAAAGAAAUUACUUAAGAGAAAAUGGAUUAGUUAGUGAAGCAAUGUGUGACAUGGGGCUUACGGCUUUACCAAGUUCGGAAGUUUUGGACAUAAUGUGCAGCGAUUUUCCUGAUCAAUAUGAAGAGUAUCGUAAACAUAUGCGAGAUAAACAAGUUAAAGAACAUUCAAAGAAACAAAAGGAGUUAACAGCAGCAGCGAAUGCUGAGAGAAAUAGAAUAGAUCUUGCGGAAAUGGCAAUGCAAUCGGCCCUUUCGUGGAAUAUUAAUUUAAAUAGAGCUCGUAUGGAUAAUCGAAAAUCAAGUUUGGAUUUACAAACUUUUACCAUUCAUUUGCCUAAAAAGGAACAACAAAUUGAAGUAGAUCGAAGUUCAAGUUACUAUCCCGUUUCUCUUAUUCCUGGACAGUAUACUGAUUACUAUAGAGAAUAUACGCCUGCUGAGUUAAGAUAUUAUCCUCUUAAUACAGUUUUAUAUGGACCUAUGAAACCUAAUGAACACAAAUUCGACAGUCAGUCGGAGGGAUCUCAAAGUGAUAGCGACAGUGACUCUUCGUCUGAUGAUUCAAGUUCAUCAUCUAGCGAUGGAACUCAAGGAACAGAAGCGUCUCAGUCGACAAUGGAUGAUGUUGAUAUGGAAUUGGUGUUACAGAAGACUGAUGGAAAAUCGGUCAAAUUAAUUUGUUAAUAAUUAAUUUAUUGGAUUACUUUGUAGAAAAAAGAAUUUAAUAUCAUCGAUAAGUUUUUAAUUAUCUUUUUUAAUGUAAAAAUACAUAUGUUUAAUGUAAUAAAAUAUUUGUCCUUUUCGAAUUAAAUUUUUUAAUAAUGUA